ACACAUAUCGCUGUCGGAACUUCUUUCGGUGGGCUGUACGCAUAGUUUUAUGUUGCUGGUGUCAGUAGCAAUGACGAAUUCCGUGAAACGCGUUUUCCAGCACAAACCAUAGCCCACUUGUGCGCGGGGCGGCAUCGUGGAAACGUCACAAGCAAAAGCCCAAACGAUCACAGUCGCUACGGGUUGAAGCAUAUAGUUUACGUACAUUUCAUCGGCAACGAAUCCGCUCGAGAGUGCGCGGCCAUCGUCACCUAUUCGGCUUACGCAGAGAGCAAAAGUGUUCGUGUGCAAUGACCGUGUGUGCCAAGAACGGUCACCAGUGAGGAAUUCGGCGGAUACCGAAGCACCUUUUAUUAGUACACCGUCGAUCCUGCACACACUGGUGGUGUUCUCGCGCCCUCGGUUCCUAAAGAUUGUAGCAAAGGUAACCGCUGCCAGAAAGCUCACAGCAAACACAGCAAAAGACUGUCGCCUGUGCUCUUGAGUCGCGGCACCCUGCAAGUGUUAUCACGAUUUCUACAACAAACGGCAGUUUGCUACAUUAAACCAGCUCUGUGGUGUAUGGUUUCUUUCCGUUCAGUGUGUUUUUGCUGCCUGUGGUAGAUUUCUUCCUGUUUUGCGGCGAGCGCAGCGUACCCGCCUAUUAGCUCUAUCGGUAGCGGCAAAUCUCUCAAACGGAAGUUCUGAUACCCAAAGGAUACAGCUUCAAUAUCGUGCAUUUAUAUUCAGAGAGGGAGAGCGCAAAGAGUGUGUCCGCGUGUGUCCAGGAAGUAAGAUCUUCUAUUCCAGAAUUUGCUGUUCGUAAAAGGAAAUAUCCAGGAUGUCUCUCAGCCAAACAUCUGUGCUUAAAGUGUACACCACCGUCAUAGACGAUGUCAUUGCCGGUGUGCGGGAUGCCUUUCUCGAUGAAGGCGUUGACGAGCAGGUGCUGCAGGAAAUGAAACAAGUAUGGACCACAAAACUGUUGGCCUGCAAAGCGAUCGAAUCCACUCCAGAAUCACAAGAUCAACAAGGUUCUGCCAUGAUGUCGAACAAGUCUGCGUCACAUGCAAAGACAAAUGGUACGAAGAAAUCAAAGGCCGCCACGGCGGCUGCUUCGGCCGCAGCAGCAUCCAACAAUCAGCAGGAAAAUGGCAAAGCAAACAACAACACAAAGACCAAUGUGGAGGUGAAAAAUGAGAAAAUACCCUCCCUGGUUCCAACCGGAAAUGCACCGCAAGCCGGUGGAAAUCAGAAUAGUACCGGCAACACUACCACCUCCGGUUCAAACACAACAACAACGACAGGACAGCCGCAGCAACAGCAAAACACUUCACCAGCCGCCGUCGUGUCAGCGCUCGAUCCCGACAAGCAGGUUGCAAUCCAGAUAACGCUACCGGCACAACCGAACGUACCGAACAGUCAGCCGCGUGUGCUAACGAUUCAGGUGCCGGCUUCCGCACUGCAAGAAAAUCAAUUGCAUCAUGUGCUGACCAGUCCGAUCAUUGCCUCCAUUAUGCCACUCCCCCCGCACAUCGCAUCGAACGUGUUGCAGCAGCAUGUUAAUAGCUAUUUGCAGAAUCUUAAUUUAAAUACCGUUCCAAUCCAGAAACAGUUGGAUGGUGCCUGUGACGACGAUGUUUUUAUGGUAGAAAGUGAAGUUGGAAAAAAAGUUGACGCCAUAAAAUACAAACUUGUGGAACUACCACCACUCCAGAAUCCCCUCGAUCGGUGUCGGCUUGAUCGGCAGCUUAUAAAUGCCUUGACAGUUGGUCAAAAAGCUUACACCUCUGACGAUGAUAUCGAACCAAUCGCGUCAAGUAGUAACGGCCUUAGUGCAUUACGGUCAAAGACAAUGGCGGGGAUACUAGCUAGAACUUCUCGUCGGCGUCCAUUGAAGGGAGUUCGUAAAGCACGGACAGCAAACGAAGGAAAACAAGUUUCAGCCUCUUCGUUCCAUAUCUGCAGCAGCCUUCAACUCGAUGGUGCCGUCGACACAUCCGACGAGGAAGGAAGCGACAUCAGCGAUGACAACAUUGUCGAUGAUGAUGAUGAAGACUUGGACAAGGAGGAGGAGGACGACUUGGAAGCGGAAGGUGGCGCUGAGGAAGAACCGCUCAAUAGCGAAGACGAUGUGACGGACGAAGAUGCGUCCGAUUUAUUCGAUACGGAUAACGUCGUUGUUUGUCAAUAUGAUAAGAUCACACGAUCUCGCAACAAGUGGAAGUUUUAUCUAAAGGACGGCAUCAUGCAUAUAGGUGGCAAAGAUUAUGUGUUUCAGAAAUCGAACGGCGAUGCAGAAUGGUAAGCGCAAACAAUGUACCAGCAAGGUGAUUGGAAAAGGCGAACUAGUGCCUCUAGCAGCUGGAUCUAUUCGAUCAUUCUUCAAUGUACGUACGGUGAAGCUUCAAUGUUGAUGGUAGAUAGAAUAAUGCCAGCGGGAAGAAGAAGGAUACGACAUUGCAAACGUUGAAAUAUCUGCAUCUAGCACUGUAGAGUAAUGGCCCCGAUCUUUUUUUUACAUAAAAUUACUGAGCAACAAGGCGUGCAAUUUGGGGGGAAGUCGAAAUAAGGGCAGUGAAGUAGGGAAGCAGUUCAUAAUGCAGAUUGUAAAGAUAUGGUAUGAUUGUUACACGUUUUCGAAAACCGUAUUGGAAGUCAAACUGAUUCGGAUAUCCAUCACAUUUCGUUGUCUACGCUAAUAAACCAAAAGGAGGGAAACGCAAAUUAAUCAGCUGAGCAGCGUCAUCACACGACUCGUCAACAUCUUCUAUUUGUUAGGUGCUUGCACUAAUGAUCAUAAUUUUCUUGUCAAAAACCUGUUUUGGUGAAGGUUUAUCAAACAAAAAAUCUGCUAAUUCGCAUCGAAACCCAUAAAUCAAGAAUUGAUAACAAAAAACAAUGCAAGAACCUAAUACUUUAAAGGCUUGAAGUGGAAUGCCAUUGCAAACUCUCGAGGAAACUCCGAUGGAAAUAGUUUGAUUUAGCACCAUUUAGAAACAUGAAUCACAAAUGCGUUUGUUUGCGCGUGUUUGUUCUUUGUAAACUUAAUCCAUCUCAUCCAUGUGAGACUUUAACUUUGUACGACUAUUGACCACAUAAAGCUUAUAUAAACGACUACAAAAACUGUCGCAACAUCUUCGUAAAUCGUGAACGUAUCUGGACGAUUUUGUCCAGCAGCAAUAGAACAAUACGUAGAAAACACAAAUAUGUUUAGCAUGUGAAGUAUUUCAACUAUCAAAGAAUAAUUCAGGGCAGGUUUCAUUUUGUUAUCAAUAUCUUUUUUUAUAAACAGUUUCCUCUUAAUUAUGGAAUGACAUCGUUUUGGAGGGUGUUUGAUGUCCGUUUUAUUACCCAUUUCCCUCACACUUCUUUUGUAGAGUUAUAUCUUAUCGACUUCCGUUCUAGCAUUCGUUUGCGCUUGCACUUGGUGCAUAAUUGUUCGAUAAGUGUAGGAAUGUAUGUUUAGGAAGGACUAGCAUGUAAGACUAUGUGUAGUUUAUGGUGGAAAUGCUUGUUUUUAUUGUAAUAAAUAAGAUGACAAGUGUACGUAGUGCAAAAUAAAAAUGACAAAAU